AUGAACUACAAACUACACUUAAGUUCUGCAAAUGUUUUUUUUUUUUCCUCUCUUAAACUACAUGUUUAUGCGCCGUGUUUAUUUUCCUCGGAUGAUGUAGCGCCCGUCUCUGUGUGUUUCUCCUCAGGUCUGUGUGUGACGUACCGCCCUGACGGCCAGGAGCUGGCUGUGGCCACCCUCAACGGAGAAAUCUGUUUCUGGAACCCCCAGACGGCCGCACAGACCGGGUCCAUAGCCGGGCGGCACGAUCUGGAGGCGGGUCGCAAGGACACGGAUAAAAUCACAGCCAAGCAGUCCGCCAAAGGAAAGUCUUUCACAGCUCUUUGCUACUCUGCUGACAGGGACUCUAUUUUGGCGGGAGGCCACUCAAAAUUCGUCUGUAUCUACAACGUCGCUGAGCAGAUGCUCACCAAGAAGUUUGAGAUCUUCUGCAACCUGUCGUUCGACGCCAUGGAGGUAAAAGCAAGCGUCCGUUCUUCUUCUGCCAAGCCCAAAGCCGAACCAAAAUAAACAUGCAAGACAGCG